GGUCCUUUCAGCUGCUGGUGGUAUGACUAGGAAUGUGUAGGGCAAUGGUUACUCAGAUUAUAAAUGACUUGAAAUAAGACUGAGCUAAACAAAAAGCCAAAGUAAAGUUAUUGAUAUGAAAAACUAGCACUGGAAACAUGGUAAUUUAAUGUUGUACCUUUCAGAACUUAUCGCUCAGGGUAAGGUUUUAUUACCUCUGGAACAUGUAAAUUCAGCUAAAACGGACAAACCCAUAUCUACACCAAUCAUGAGAGAAGGCAGGAAGUGUGCACUUCAGGAGUCUGUGCUGGAGGAAAAGGCACUUCUUUCAAACCCAAAGGUGGAUCCUGAAGGCAAUGAAGAUAUUAGUCCAUGUGGCAGCAAGUUCACAGUGAAAAGCUUGGGGAUGCUUUCUACCUGGUGUAACUUGUGCAUGGUUCAGGCAGAGAAUACUCCUGAAGGAACAGUUAAAGAAGUGGAAGUGCCUGUUCCUUCUGAGAUCCAUCAGCUGGAUGACAGUCAGUGUUUGAAGAAUUUGGACCAUGUUUCUCAUGAAGCUUCUGAUGAAGAACUAAAUUUAAAAGCAUUUUCUGAAGGAUUUGCUUCCACUGAAUCAUCAUCCAAGCCAAACAACUUCUUUUUGAAACGUGAAAGUGCCAAAUCAGCCUCUUCACCCCCAGAAUUUCAGAGGGUGCCUGCAGUUUGGGUUGACAUCUUGGAAAGCUCCAUUUCAGAUUCAGAAUUAGAGCUGAGACAUGGAGAGGGCACAGGUGUCAGUGUCCCAGAAGAGUUUGUCCAUGACAGUGGUGAUGUGUUUCCUGACCUCUCAAAAGAGGUGCCAGUAGCAAUAAGUAAUGGAAAGGAAACAUCACCUACUGAUGAACAUGAACUGCCUGAAGAUGAGAGCGCUGAGAUUUCAUCACACUCCCAGAAAUACCCUGGAGAUGUGUUGGAUCAUGGCUGCACUGAUCAUCUGCUUUCUUUCAUUCCAGCAGACAAAGCAAAUGCCUCCAAAACCCAGCCAGAACGUUCCUCCCAGUCUGAUAACCCUGAGGAGGGAGUGGAUGAGCCACAUCUGGGUGCCUCUGGAAGCUCCAGUAGAAACAAAUCCUGUCCUCAGGAGGUCACAAAACAGGGUAAUGAUACAUCUGCCAGCUCUUUGUGCAGUGAUGAUAUUUAUUCACCUAAGAUCUAUGAACAGCAGAAACCUAAUUCUACAACUAACAGAGUGUUAGGGGAAAUUAACUGUUCAUCUGUGGAUCAGAAUAGAGACCUAAUGGGUUUUCCAGAAACAGUUUCUUUGAAACAUCCAGAUUUAGUUACUGACCAGCUCGGGAACACUGUUUCUUCUCUGCCUGACAGAGAUGUUGCAAAUAACAAAUUGUUAGCAUGUCUGUCUCCCCAGAGGGGACUCUUUUCUUCUGCCUCCUCAAAAAAGCAAUUGUUUCAGGCUGAGAACUGCUCUUCCAAAGGAGAAGAUGAUGUAACCUCUAUUAGGGAUAAUGGUCCCCCUCCAGCUGCUGAGGAUGCCUUGUCGGAAAUCCUGUCUCCCGUGGAUGAAGUAUUGUCCUGUGGAAGUGCUGACUUGCCAUCCUCUAACAAAAAGGAUUUGUCAUUUCCAAGUGAAGAUCUUCCUUCUCCCUCUUUAGGUGCAGGUGCAACGAAAAAUGAUGAUCCUACCUCCAGCACAGAUGAUUUCCCAUCCCCACCAGAACAAAUGACAGGCUCAGAGAGCAGUCAGGGUAUGGAUGAAGAUAUAUCACUGAAAAUGGAUGCAUUACCCCCAUUACCUGAUAACAUCAUGCCUCAAGAAUUUCCCCUGCUCAGUCAAGAGACAAUUGAUGCUUUUUCAACUCAGGCUGGUUGUCUCUCAGAACAAUCUUCACUUCAAGCCAUUUCCAGCUCAAAGGAGGACUUAUCAGAACACCAGCAAGGAGAACACGAGGCACCUUUGCAGCAUUUGGAGCUCCAGCCUGUGUUAAACUCUGUUUCUUCUGGCCAGGCCAGUAAAAGUCCUGACUUAUUAAUGAAACAAUGUCCAACACACUUAAUGCUGCCCAGCACUGAGGGGGACAGGGAUGACCCAUUGAGAUCAUUUGAAAUUGGGGACAGAGUGCUGGUAAAGCAGAGCCAGCCUGGAACUCUGAUGUUCAAAGGACGGACUCAUUUUGCCAGUGGCCACUGGGCUGGUGUUGCACUGGACAAAGCUGAAGGUGACAAUGCUGGAACUUAUCAAGGGGUGAAGUAUUUUGAGUGUGCUCAGCACUGUGGUGUCUUUGUCAGGCCUGAGGAGAUCUCACACCUCUUGGGGGAUAACGAAAAGGGUUCCAGUUCCACUGGGGAUGAAGACUCUGACUCCUAUGACGAUGAAUUCUUCAAAGGGGACUGCAGAUAUUCUGGAGGUGAUGAGCAGAGAGUGGGGUUUACAGAGGAGAAAGCAGAAAGCACAAAAAGUGCAGGAGGUUCAGAAGGAAAAGAAAGCCAAUCCAGGUUACACUCUGCCUUGCUGUCUAAAAAAGAUCAAAAAUUUCCACAUUGCAACCAGUAUAAGUGCACUGAAUUUCUCUGUCAAAAGAACUUAAUGUGCUUGGGAUCAGAUAAGGAAAAAACAGAACUGGCACAAAUAAGACAAAGUAUAAUUGCAGCUGUGCUUCCAAAGAAAAGCAAGACCAAUAACACAGAGGAGGUAAACACAAGCAAAAAUAUUGGUUGCUUGGUAGAGGAUCAGAAAAGAAUUAAACUUGCUGAUGAUGUUGCAAGUGAACUCGGUAAAAAACUUCUGUUUGACAUUUUAAUUGCGUUUUCUGAAACAGCUCAACACAAAUAUAAAAGUGCCUUUGAAAAGGACAUGAUGAAUUACAGCGAAGGCCUAAGGCAAGGAGACAAUCAGAAACUGUUUCUCCUCAAAGAAAAUUCAGCUGCUGUCUUAUCUGAACCAUCAGCAAAGGUUUCUGAUGUUUUCCUGGGUGAUUUUGAUACGCUUUGUAUUCAUGGUUGUCACACAGUAGCAGAAAGAAUUGUAACUAAAUUUAUAGAUGAUGCAGUUAAAGCAUAUAAGAAGAUUAAAAGAAAACAUGGAUCAAAAGCAGACAAGAUACUUCAUUUAUCUUCAGAGACUUCUCCAACCACUCUGCCACUCCUCAAUAAAAUCCUUGAUGCUGCUGUUUUUGGAAGCUCUGAAGACUUUGUUCAGCCUUAUUCUGACCAACAUAUGCUGGUGAGACAAAGACAAAAGCAGUGCUUGUACAAAUUAGAUCAGUGGCACUCAGCUCCUUGGAAGAAAACUGUGGAAGUUCCUCUUGUGAUACCACAUUACAGUUCUUAUGUUAGAAACUUGUCUGCAUGUGCUGUAGAAGAAUUAUGGACCCCAGAAAACAUAAAUUCAAAUUUCAGGAGCAUCAGUGUGCCAAAGUGCUCUGAAUGUAAUGAUCUCCCAGGGAAUGAUUUGGAAGCAGAAAGCAAGAGGAUGUAUGAUCAGGUUAUAUUUGAUUUGACCCGGGAGUUGUUACGUGCAGAAUAUCAAGUGACUGCAAAUCCAAACCCUUUUCCAUGGAUGAAAAUAAACGUGGGAUCUCACUGUUCCAGGCAUCUCUGCAGCAGAACAGAUGUCAGUGAUGUCAAGACAUUUGUUCAGGGUGAAAUUAUUAAAAUAAUGAACCUGGAAAAGAAUGACUUAGAAAUGAAAAGAAAAUUCCUAAACAUGACCAAGUAUGGAAACUGUAAGAGAGACAGACUGGACCUUAUUCUGAUUCAGGAGCUCCGUAAAGAAGAGUCUCAGUGGACUUAUUAUGGUGAUGAUGAAUUAACAGUGAAGAUGAGGAUGACUGAAGGCAUAUUUAACAGCUUGAUCCUUGAUACAAUCAGAGUUCUUAAUAAGAUUUAUCUGAGAAAAGCCUGUGAUUAGAAGUUUUUCCCUCGUGGGCCCUGAUGGAGGAAUUUUAAUCUCUGAUUUUUUUUCUUUAUUUUUCAGUCAAGAAAUAAGUGAUUUAAGAACUUUAACUCUGAACUUGUACCCGAUACCAGGGUGGCCUUGGCCUAAUUUGUACAUUCAUAUUUAUGAAAGGAUCAAGGAGAGACUCAUGCAGAUAGAAAAAUAUUACACAAAAUAUUCUCCUUGUGUUCUGUGCUUUGGGAAGGCUCACUAAGAUCAAUGGUCUUCUUAGAUGUCACACAGAAUC